GAACGUUGAAAAGUAUAAAUACACCAAAUUCAUUUUCCACAACAUAGAAUGUCGUCCACAACAAUAACAAAUUAUUUAGUUGCUGCUGGCCUUCUGAUUUAUAGGAGACUGCACAAUAAGUUUGAAUAUUUGUUGUUACAGACGUCGUACGGCGAGCAUCACUGGACACCCCCUAAAGGGCAUGUAGAUCCUGGUGAGUCUGAAUGGGAAACAGCUCUUAGAGAAACAGAAGAAGAAUCUGGAUACAAACAAGAACAGCUUAAUAUUUUGAAAAACUUUGAACAUUCUCUCAACUAUGUUGUUAAAAACAAGCCCAAACGAGUGGUGUACUGGCUAGCUGAAUUAAAAGAUAGUAGUACUCCUGUCAGAUUGUCAGAAGAACAUCAAGAUUAUAAAUGGGCAGAGCUUGAAGAAGCUUGUCAGCUAGUAAAAUAUCAUGAUACAAUCAAUUUACUUAGAGCUGCAGAUCUAUUUCUUAUAAACAUGUAUAAAAAUAAAUAAAUGUUGCAUAUAA